GCCCGGAUGGAGGCUAGCGCGUCUAGGAGACUGAGGCGGCGGCGGGAGCGGGAGCGGGGGCGGGGAGCUCGCCCUCGGUCCUGGUCCUCCUUCCCCUUCCCCGGACUUUUCCCCGCCCACAGCUGCAUCUUCCCGGCCUCCCGCAGUGCCCGGGCCAAAGUGCAAGCUGCUCCGCCCCGUGCUUGCUCCUUUCGCAGAAUUGGAUUUGGGAAAGUUUAACCUGGAACUUCUUUUCUUUUCCAUGCAGAACCCAUAACUCGCUAUGGAGCAUGCCUUUACCCCGCUGGAGCCCCUGCUACCCACGGCGCUCUUCAGAGCCUGUGCUGAUGGAGGUGCCAACCGCUUAUAUGACCUCACCGAAGGGGAGAGAGAAAGCUUUUUGCCUGAAUUCGUCAGUGGGGACUUUGAUUCUAUUAGGCCUGAAGUCAGAGAGUACUACACCGCAAAGGGCUGUGAUCUUAUUUCAACUCCUGACCAAGACCACACUGACUUCACCAAGUGUCUUAAAGUGCUCCAAAGGAAGAUGGAAGAAAAAGAGCUGCAGGUUGACAUGAUCGUGACCCUGGGAGGACUUGGUGGGCGUUUUGACCAGAUCAUGGCAUGUGUGAAUACCCUUUUCCAAGCCACUCACAUCACUCCUUUGCCAAUUAUAAUAAUCCAAGAGGAAUCUCUCAUCUACCUCCUCCAACCAGGCAAGCACAGGCUCCAUGUAGACACUGGAAUGGAAGGCAGCUGGUGUGGCCUUAUUCCUGUUGGACAGCAUUGCAACCAGGUGACGACAACAGGCCUGAAAUGGAACCUCACAAAUGAUGUGCUUGCCUUUGGAACACUGGUCAGUACUUCUAACACCUACGAUGGAUCUGGGGUUGUGACUGUGGAAACUGAUCACCCGCUUCUCUGGACCAUGGCCAUCAAAAGCUAACCUAGAGUGUGGUGUCCAUCAUGUGCCUCUGCCUUCCCUUAUCUGCCCAGUGGCUCUUGCUCACCAUGAAUAAUCACCUAGGUGUGCAGAAAUCUAAACUUCCCCAUAGGAAGGCCUGGGCUCUCAAAAUGUUGGGGAUUAGGGUACAGCUGAGGAGAGGAGCGCUUGCUACACAGGGGCAAGAUUUGACCCUGAACACCACAAAAUAGAGAUGUUGGUGUUUAAACAUUCUAGUCAUGCUAUAAAUGAUAUCUCAAUUUUAUAUUGAGGGAAAAUUAUGUUCCAUCAAAGUAAAUAGGCUUUAUUAUACCCUAUUGAAAAAGCUAAUGUAGAUCAUUACAUUAUAUAAUUCAGUUCCGAUCAUUGUAAUUAAUAAGUCCAUUUACCUUAAAAUUCUUUUUUAAUUUUGAAGCACCAAAAACUGUUGUCAGUGUUGCCUUGGAGUCUAGCACUUCCUUAAAUGCCUGCCAACGAGGGCUGCCGACCUCUGAGUAUCCCCUCCUAGCAUUGGCUCCCUCUCUAUAAUGUGAAUAUACAGAUCUUCUUCCAGAGUGCUGGGAUUGAAUGGCGCCAUUUCACUUCGACAUGAUAUUUUAAAAGAUAAGAAUCCUUGACUUACUUCUUAGAUUUGAAAGCAAGCAGUUACAUGGGCUAUGGGUAAAUAAAUGAAAAGUGGUAAUUCAUGAUUCCCUCAUACAUUAACCCCUCAAAACUUAAAAGUAAUCACUCUGAGCUUUAGAAAUGCAGAGAUCCUUAUGAAAAUCAUGACAAACUCAAGAAAUUUGUGUAGAGGAUUCUUAAUCCUAAAAAUUCAGUCACUUUUAACAUGCCUCACACUAAAAAAAAUGCACUAUUAAUUCAGGGACCAUACAUUUCCUGACAUCAGCAGAAAAUGAGUGUACCUAUGGAGAUAAAUGAGCACAGCCUGCUGAGGAAGUCAUCCCAAUGUGGUGAUAUUGUGUUUCCCCAAAAAUAUUGUGCACCCUAAUAAACUUAUCUGGGAUCAGAGAACAGAGCAGCCACUAGAUAUAGAAGCCAGAAAAUGGUGGCACACACACCUUUAAUCCUAGCAUUCCAGAGGCAGAGAUCUGUCUGGAUCUCUGUGAGUUCAAAGCCACACUGGAAACAGCCAGGCAUGGUGACUCACACCUUUAAUCCCAGAAAGUGAUGGCAGAAAGCAAAAAGGUAUAUAAGGCGUGAGGACCAGGAACUAGAGCUGGUUAAGCUUUUAGGCUUUUGAGUAGCAGUUCAGCUGAGAUUCAUUCUGGAUGAGGACUCAGAGGAUUCCAGUCUGAAGAAACAGGAUCAGUUGAGGAAUUGGUGAGGUGAGGCUGUGGCUUGUUCUGCUUCUCUGAUCUUCCAGCAUUCACCCCAAUACCAGGCCCUUGUUUUUAUUAAUAGGACCUUUUAAGAUUCGUGCUACGUCCCAGCCCACCACGUACCUGGGUCCUGAACCCCAUCUAGCUGUAGAGUGGAAAGGUUGUAAUCAUUGCGUAGGAAAGAACCACAGAUCCAAACUCUAAUGCUAACAUGUUGCAGUUGGAGAGCAGAUAAUACUAACUUAGCAUAUGCUUGCUGGUGCAUUAAAAUGUACUCAUGUUUCUUUCAUGCUCGCCUCUACUCAUCUUCCUAUCCUCUCCUAGCCCAUUGGUUAAACUACAUCUUGCCAAACAACCCAUGACUUAAGGACAGCCUGCCCACCAUGUUACGUUAACCAUGACUAUGUCACUGUCUUCCUGGUGCUACAAUAGUUUGAGGCUUAAAACAUACAGAGAAAGAAAAGAGAUCAGUUGAACCAAUGCCAAGUUCUGAACAGAAAUUGUUAGAAUUAUUGUUAUUAUUUAUGCAUAUAUGAUACUGAAAUCUGGAUGUCAAAUAAAAAGUUAUUAAAGUGCA